CAGAACUACACUUCCCAGGAGGCAAAAGAGCCGAGCGCAUGCGCGCUUCCCGUCUCCAGCAUGGCUACGGUGCUGUCACGGGCGCUGAAGCUGCCAGGCAAAAAGAGCCCAGAUCUUGGGGAGUACGACCCUCUCACUCAAGCGGACAGCGAUGAGAGUGAAGAUGACUUGGUGCUCAACUUACAGAAGAAUGGUGGCAUCAAGAAUGGGAAGAGCCCCCUGGGGGAAGUGCAGGAUGUGGACUCGGAUGUGGACGUCGGGAUGACGAAGCAGCACCUGUCGGAGGGUCUGGCAGAAGAGUACCCCAGCGAGGCCACCAGUGGUCUGGAGCAGAAGACCGCCAACUCCAUGAUGCCUUAUGUGCGCACAGCUGUCUUCUUGCUCACCGUGGUCGUCUCCAUGAUCCUCGUGCUGGUGUGUGCUUUCCUCAUUCCUUGCCCUCCAAGGGACUUGCACAAUACCUGGAUUCGCAACUUGGGCCAGGAGGCGGGCGGAGUGCUGUUUCCUCCGGAACUUUUUGACGUAAAUGGUGAUGGUCUUCCUGACAUCCUGCUCUCCUUCACAGCUCUGAAAAAUGCCAGUGUGUUGGGUGUCUCCAAGCCAUGGGUGACCGUGAUGGCCCUGUCAGGAAUGAACGGCAGCACCUUGUGGUCCAGACACGUUAAAGAGGAGAUUCGGAGUGUGCAGUGCAAGGGUGUGAACUCUGUGUCCCCGUCAGAGCCUGUUUGUCUCAUUACUGGUACUUCUAAAUUCCUCAGCCUUCUGAGAGCCUCUUCAGGAGAACCCAUCUGGACGCUUGACUCAUCCCACCUGCCCAGUGGGACCUUGGCUGCUCCAGCUGUAACUGUACCAGAUGUGGAUGGAGACAGAGUCAGUGAUCUGGUUGUUCUGGCCAUUGGAGAAACACAGCCCGACUUGUGCUUCAUCCUGGUAUCUGGUAAAACCGGAAUCCCUGUGGGAGGGCCUGUAAAGUACAGCAUCAAUGGAAAUGGAAAACUGAUUGGACCUCAGGCCCACAUCACCAGCCAUGGAGCUAUCUACAUCCUGUUUGGCUUUGGUAAUGUCCAGGCAGUCGCCUUGUGUGAUAUCUUUGCUCAAGCCAGAAACCGGGACAGCUUCCCAGCAGUUCUGCAGCGUGAGGAGCCAGAGUGGGAGAAGCGCCGGUCCAUCAAUUCGUCAGAACUUAUUGACAUCUACAGUGGAGGUGUUGAGUUCCUGCAGGCAGUAAAGUCUCCAGAUGGCAACUGCAGUGACCUCCUUGUGACUACGGAGCAUGGUUUGACCUUGCUGCGGGGACAAGACUUGGAGCCACGCUGGGAUCUGAAGCAGCAGCACAUUGACAGCCAGCCUUCCCCAGGCUACUUCAGUGAUGAUCAAACCUUGGACUUCCUGCUUCAGGCUCAGAUGGUAAACAAUAUCACGAAACAAUUGCUAGUGGUGGAUGGUAAAUCAGGAGAAAAGAUCUGGAGCUCUGAGCUACCAUGUCACAUGAAGAAAACAGACGCACUCUCGGUGAUGACUUUGGACAAAAAGUCUGCCUUUCUCUUCUGGGCUAAUGAGAAGCAGUCUCUCUUAAAAAGCUUGGAGCCCAGCCCAAGAGUUCACCAUCUUUAUCUCCUUCAUCCCAGUUUCCCUACAGUCCUCUUGGACCUGAGCAACACAACAGGCACAGUGACUGCUUCGUCCAUUGGAAUCAAUGAUCUUCAAAAAGACGCAUUUUAUAUCACCGUGACCACAAGCCCCACCUCUGAGCACCAGCCAGGGUUUCUGUCGGUCAGUAAACUCCGCCUGAGGUGGGCCCUGAUGACGCAGAGCCGAGAGGUACCCCUGAAGGAGAGUGACCCCAAAAUCAACCGCGGGGAAUUGAGACGGUUUCUCUCCAGGAUCAAAUUUACUGAUUUUGCUCACAAGUUCUAGCCAUUUGCCUCCUCGGGCUUUCUGAGCAUCGUGACAAAACUGUGGGCCUCGAUAUCAGCAGGCCAAGGUGGUUGGCCAGACUUCGUGAUGCAUUCAGUGAGUUAAGGAAGAAGCCUGAAAGACUAGCUGCUACUCACCCUUGUGAAUGGCCACCUAGCGCUGGGAGGCUGGACUGGCGGUGACCCUCUAGCAUCCUGACUUGAUGGAAUGCUGCUUGACCUGUUCAUUGCUGCUCCCUGCCUACAUCUUUCCUUCCGGGUAGAUUGAACAUACAAAUUUAUGCAGAGACACUAGAGUGUGUGUUUGUGUAUAUAUAUGUGUGUGUAUAUAUAUAUUUAUAUAUUGUAUUUUUAAUUUAUGAAGUGUUUCAGGAAGCUCCUACUUUAUCUUAAAUGCAUAGCAAUGUACUCUGCAUUCUGCUGGUGUGGCCUUGGCUCAUAACUUUCAUCCUUUGAGUUUGAGUUCUUUCAGUUCUUCCUUCUCUUUUGUUUUAGGAAUGGGCAAAGAUGACCCAUGGGAGUUCAGCUCCCAUCAGCUCCAGCCAGAGUGGUCAGGGAUGUUGGGAGCUGUAGUCCAACAAGAUGUUGGAGGGUGUUGGGUUAUGGUCAUUGUUGUGUCCCGUUCAGUUCUUCCACUCUCCACCUCACAUCUCCCGAACCUGAGAGGCAUUGUGCCUUUUAGUGCUGAACGAUUGCAUACACUCCUACCUUUGGUCAGAGCCAGGCUGGGUUUGGUGCUGUUUAACUAAAAGUCUGUGUCCCAUUCUCAAAUCUCCCUUUUUCUGAACCGUGCUAGGAUCACCUGUUUGAGGGUACCAAAGGAUAACAAAGCUUCCAUUGCAGUGCUCGUGUAGAUUGUCUGUAGUGGCAAACAAGCAAUGCCUAAAACAUUCCAUGGGCUUGCAAUGCCCCAUACUUACUGCAGCCCUACUAAGUGUUGUCUCUUUUCAAGAAGGCUUCCAACAUCUGCACAAAGAUGUAUGAUUAGCAUUGAGCUCUGCCUCUGGCAAAAACAGGCCAGCAGGUGUUGUGACCAAGUCACUAGGAAUACCCAGUUAUGAUGUUUAUGUUUAGAAGCGAUUGUUGGCUAGAGUAUACAUAGAGCAUCCUAUGGGAGCAUCUCUUACCUGGCAGAGGGAUGUGUGUAAUAUACAUUCUCCACCCUAUAUUUACUUUGUCAACUGGAUUGUGUCCAAAACUAAACUUUCUCCUGAAUAGGUUUAGUCUGCCCAGUAUUCUGAUUGCAGGAGAACCUCGGGCUGUGUUGUCAUAGGCAGCUCUGUGAUUCAUUGUUGUGUGUGGGAAAACCAACUAUGUUCCUGAAGCAAUGCACAAAAGCUUUGAAACAGCUUCUUCAUUAACACCCCCUUCGCUGUGUUAAAGCUGUCUAAGAUAUUCCUCUUUUCUAGCUGGGAAUAAAAAAGCCUGUUGGGAUUUCCUCUCUUUUUGCCUGUUGGCAAAAAUGGUUUGUUUUACAUGGCACAAGACUCCUUCACUCUUUCAGCCAUGUCCCAUAAUUCAGUUAUUUUCUUUAGCCGUGAAAUUAAUUAGACCAGGAGCAGUCUGCAAUCUGAUGUACUCGACUAUUGCUCUGCUGACUGCUUUUGCACUGGGAGAUGCAGCUGCAAAUAGGAGGUAGCAAGUCAGACCAAGCAAGCUUUCACAUCCUUGUUGUAAAUUUUCCCUUCCUUCCACUAUAUUUUCCCAGUGAUUAAACCACUGGUGCUGGAUCAGGACUAGUGCUGUGGUAACAGUGAGGGAGAAGCCACUCUUGUUGGCUCCACACAAAUUACAACCUGUACACAGCCAUAUUGCAUCCCUUGUAAAUGUCUCUUCAUUAGCUUUCAUCAUGAUACCAAUCCCUGAGGCAGGGCCUCAUCCCACCUUUCCCCUUUUAACCCCUGAGCUUUUGAAGAGUUUGUAUAAGUAGGAGUCCGAGUCUAUCCUUUUCGAAAUACUACCACAACAUAUAGCACUUGUCUUCCCCCUGCUGUCUCCUAGGCGUGGCCCUUGCUUAGAAAUAAAGGUAUUCGCUCAAGGCAUACAAAUUGGUUCUAGAGUUUCCUCAGUAGGCGGAACUCCCCUGCUCCUCAACCCUAGCUGGCAAAUGUUGCAACAUCACUACUUGAAAUGGUACAUGCCCUCGAUUGCGUCCUUUAAUGCAUCCACUUGGUUUGUAUUGCUUGGUGACACUGGGCCCUCCAUAAUGUGAAUUUCCCCCCCCCCUCCACGUCUUGUGUGCACUUUAAAUAACGAUCUUGUCUGCAUAUUAUUUGAACUGUGAACCAUGAUGGGAUAAAUAAAGAUCAUGUACAGCACAUUUCUGGUGUGUGACUUGCUUUUCUUAGCUUCUUUGAGCGAAUUGAAGGGGACUCUGGGAAGAGAGUGAAUUUGAUACCUUCUGGCAAGAGUCCUGCUAUGAAUAGAUGUACAGAAUUUCCCUGGUGAAUCCACCAUAGUGAGCAUGCACACUGCACUGUGACACCUACACAGACUUCUGCCCAGGACUGGGCGCAGGGCACACUUUCCCUCCAUCCCACCCCUUGGGAAGAAACUAGAUUUGCAUGGUGCAUGAACCCAUGUGUCUGUCAUGAAACACUCCCCUUUCUUUGAGCAGAAUGGUGCAUGCUGCUUAUUGACUAGUCUUUGUGACUCUUUCAAGGACUAGACCCGGUUCUCAUGGUACCCUUUCACACAAGUCAGGCAUCGAGAUGGUGAUGGAGAGGGAACCAUCUCUAGAGGGAGAUUGGGUGACUAAAUAUGAAUGGAGGCACACAGGUGUGGGAACAUCUUCCCAUUCUUGUCCCUCCGGAAUGUCUUGCUCUUUUAAAGUUUUGCCUUUUUAACCUGCUUUUUAUUUUGUUAUCUGACGCUGGUGUUUUACAUCUAUGCCACUUUAUUCAUUGCAUUUAGAGGUUGUGUCAAUAGUUUUUUCAAGCUUUUUUUCCAUGGCCUUGGAAUCUUCUGGUGAAGGGUGGUUAAGAAAUAUUUUUAAAAAUACAUUUGGAAACUCUCUUGAUUUUAAAAAUGGGGUUUAUCCAGAUGUUUUGGGUUGAAACCAGCCAAGAGGAUUAUUAAACUUUCUUUGCAUCCCCCCCCCCACUCCCUCCUACCUGGAUGCAAAUCUCACAAAAGUUAUGAUGGUUAGAAAUUGUAAACAAGCAAAGAUUCAUUGCGGAGGACCUGCUCAUUCAGAAGUUCCAGGGCUUUUUUAAACAGGAAUUUGAUUUAUUAUGAU